GCUUCUCCUUCUUCUCCUUCUAUCCUCCCUUCCUUCCUCAUUCUACAGCUCGUUACGCUCUCGAAAUCCUUCUACUGUUCGUUUUUAUCCUCGCUCUGUUGCAAUAUCCUCACAACAGUAUCAUGAUCAACGUGAAACGCGAACUGGACGGUGAUGGUGAUUGCAGUAGCAUCGACAAGCGUGAUUCUGAACUCCACGCCGUAAGCGACGACGCUGAUUACAAAACUCGGAAACGCCGUCGAGGUAUUCGUUCUCGGUAUCUGGCCUUCAAGAACAUGAUUCAAGAUGAAAGGGAAGAAAUUGCUAGGCCUGAUUCUAACAAGUUCGAUUUGAUCUUUAGUGAAAUGGAGAGCUUACAUCAGCAAGUUACAAAACCAAGAGAACAAGUAGCUGACGCAAAGGCUCUUUUGGAAAUCACCCAAUCCCUGGUAAUGUCUGUGAGAACUACUGCGAAUGGCGGACUAACUCCUUCAGACUUUGUUACACACAUUCUUAAAAAGUUCGGAGGACAUGUUGGACCAAGUAAUAGCACAGAAGAUUGCAAUAGAAAUUCAGUAGCUUGGAAUGAUAUUGGAGUUGCGGUGUCACAUGUUUUUAGAGCAGGUUAUGGGUGCUGUACAAUGAUGGCCCCAAUGGAUGCUAAAAUAGAGCAGAGGAAGGUCAUUAAUCGUCGAAAGCGUGUGAGACCAACUGAAUUGGCACGGCCUGAAGAGCUAUGUGGAGGUUCAGGGGAAGAGAUAGCGGAGACCGAUAAGCAUAUGUUAACGAUGUUUAACAUCUUAAGGAUCAAUAAAGUUGUCAAGCUUGAAAAUCUGGUUUUGAAUCGGAACUCAUUUGGACAAACCGUGGAGAAUUUAUUUGCUUUAUCCUUUUUAGUCCGAGAUGGUCGGGCUGAAAUAAAAGUUAACGAGUCUGGAUGGCAACUAGUUUCGCCUAGGAACGCUCCUGCUGCAAAUUCAGUUGUUUCUGGGGAUGUUGCUUUUAGCCAUUUUGUUUUCCGAUUUGACUUCAACGAUUGGAAGUUGAUGGUUGGCACUGUUAGGGUUGGAGAGGAGCUGAUGCCUCAUAGGAACAGUGAAUCACAGAGAUAGUGCAGUUUAUGCGGAAUCUCAUGAUGCAUUUUUUGUUGUUCUAUUCAUUGUAGAUAUUAUACAUGCUCGGUAGUUUAGUUUCAGAUGA